CCUAAGUGCCACUCCGCUUACCUGUGUGUCGUGCCUACCAAGCCAAGUGUGUCCGGUGGUCAGGUUCUUCCCUCUCUCUCUUCCUCUUUCUUUCUCUUUCUUUUUUUCCUCUUCCUCCUCCUCCUGUCACACACACACACUCUGUCUCUCUCUCUUUCUCUGUCUCUCUCUGUCUCUCAUCUUUUUCACCCCCUACCCGGCUUCGUCCUUCUCCCUCUGUCUCCGUCUGUCUCCUUCGACGUCGCUUCACGCAGCAGUGCGGUGUUGUAGUGUCGUGUCAUCCUGCGCUACGUCAACGAUCCUCCCGAACGGUGGAGGCAACGAUCGACCGCGUAUACCACAACGAUUCCGUCGCUACCGGGUCCUCUGGUGACCCACGGGACAACGUUGGCCAGGUUCAGCCUACGCGUCCUUGCGGCACCCUCCUCUGACGGCCGCCGCGCGUAAACAGUCGCACGGAUUCGAUAACUGACCGCAGUGUUUACGCGAGCCCCGAGUAGCUCGGUCGUCCCGUUUUCGGGAUCACCUAGGUGUAUCGCGAGUGUCAGUGGGAUCCUCGUCGAGGGGAUCAGUGCACCGGUUCGAACAAGAGACUGGUCCCCGGGACGCAGUUACGGAAGAGGGGACAGUGAAGGUGUCAAACGAUUCGCGACUUGCUCAUUGACAUUUCCGUGACAUUUUGGUGUCCGCGAUUUUCGUGUGACGCGACAGUGAGAGAUUGUCCCCGUGGCCGACGACACGGUCGAGAAAGUCGCAAGGCCAGAGGUGUAUCGGAGUCGAUGACGGAUGCCCCGUGCCUUAUCACCGCGGACGGCCUCUUAUCUGUGCUUAUCUGUCCGCUGGAAUCGUCGCCGGACGUGCGACUCGACGAACCAACGCGAAAACCCUCGAUUCCUGGUGUCCUCGUUCAUCGUACGUGUCCUUCAAGCGCUGCUAUAUGAUUCUUGCUGGACUUGUGCGUUCGCGCGUGGAUCAGAUUUGACGUUCAACAGGUGGCUCGAGAUCGAGGGUGCACCAGAUCCCGCGCGAACGGAGUUCUGCACGAGACUGUGACAGUUGUUGCAUCGGUUACGAUCUUCUGCGGCACGUCGAUCGAUGAUUGAUUCUCGAGGGACUAUCUUGUGACAGAGGUCAAACUGGACAUACUCACCGCCACGUCGGGACGUACGGAGUGGAGAUGUCCGCGGGUCGCUGAGAGAAUGAGGGAGCUGGACACCGAGAGCCCUGUUGUCUGGCCAGCCUGGUGUUAUACUGGUGAGGUAUCAGGUGAAAACGUGUCAGCAAGUGCUGGACCACGUGGCGGCGAUCGUGGAGAAGCGACUGAUUUAGGCACACACACGGAAAACAACGACGGGGCCACCCUGGCCGCGAACACAGCGGUCGACGCGAGGGGCGGAAGCCCCCAGGGUGCCCACCUUUCCGGUGCGGCCACCCCUAGGCCGCCUAGGGGUAGGAGGCGGCAGAAUCAGAAUGGUCUCGAUACUACUCAAGUUAAAACUGAACGACUCACCCCAGACAAUAAUUCAACUUCGUCGAGGAGCGUGACGCCAUCGUCGUCCAGCCAUCCAGGAACGCCGCCAAAUGCUACCCCUUUGGGUGGACCCGAGGGCCCACCACCACCCCAUCACCUCAAACACAUGGAGCAGAUGAUGGGACGGAAUUACAGCGAUAUCAUGAGAAGCCUCGCUGCCAAGUACAAUAACGUCAAUCCGAAUGACUACUUCAGUUCACCUAGAAACGGUUAUCCUCCUGGUUUAGAUCCAAGGUUUCCAGCGUUCAAAACUGCUGCGACACCUUUCGUUGGUUUAAUGGCACCCUUGGGUGCACCCCAACCACCUACCGUGCCCACCACCUCACCCCUUUCAAACAAGGACCCGAAAGAACAAAAACAAGAGAGCCUAUUCGGAAACCCCGUGUUUCCACCAAUGUUGGAUAUGUCGUCGACGCAAGCACUGUUACAUAUGGUGAGGACUGCAAACGCGGCUCAGAAUGCAGCGGAGUUGGAAACGUACCUGAAAGGUGCGAAUAAAAGAGACGCCGGAGUGACGAGUCCCUUGGAUCUCUCGAGUCCAGGAGGCUUCGCACCCCGAAAGAGACAGAAGACGGAAACCAGGAGAUCGGGAAGUGUUUCCCCGAAGCCUAAACCAACCCCUCGACCCACCACACCACCCCCGGUAAGAUGUCCAUCCCUGUGUGGUCACAUGCCCUGCGGUGAUGGACAGGCGGUUAACCGGUGGACCAUCGAGGACGUCGUUAAUUACGUCUCGUCGAUCGAUAUCUGCGCCGAGUACGCACAGAACUUCCGCGAGCAUCGAAUCGACGGAGCAGCAUUGCCCCUCCUGUCGGAGGACCACCUAACAGGUCCGAUGGGUAUGAAAUUAGGCCCCGCCCUGAAGCUCCGUGCCCUACUAGCCCGAAAGCUCGGAGCUUGCACGGUGUGUCUGCACUGUGCGCACUGUCACCAGACACCUCUGCCAGCGUUGAACGCCGCCGCAGCCGCGGCAGCCACGUCUCAGCAGCAGCAACAACAGCAACAACAGGUGCCUGGCAGACGGCCAAGCAGCACGGGGAACUGACAAACAAUGGCGGAGACUCCUUUGGGCCCCGAGGGCACUGUGACGCCCUCGCCGGACCCGAAUAGGGCCCUCAGGAUAGAACGGCGCGUAUCUCGUCCUGUACGCAAGCCGGAAGUGGUCUUCAAGAAGCCCAUCAAACAGUGACACGGAGAUGUUUCACCGUGGACCCUGGUGUUUUGGAGGCUCCGCCUGUUGUUUAAGUGUUCGUUUAUCGAGUACCUGGAGAAAUCGCUCAAAACGACUGGAGAUACUGACUUUGGUGCGUUGUACUUAGAUGUAUCUGGGUAUUUUUUAAGACAGUUCCGAGAGCGUGAUUUCGGUGUGAGUGGUUUGAGGUUAGGUUGGGACACACCUGGAUUAUUUGAAACUGAGUUGGAUCGAGUACGAAGGAUGGAAAAUUUGCUGAGAAUUGAAGCAUUAUUUACUUUAUUAUAUACAACUGCAUAUAGGAAUUAUACAUAUAUAGUAGCUCAUGUGUUUACAUGAGUUAUACAUAAGACAUAGUUGUUUUACAGAUUGGUGAUUUGUUAAUUCAACAAUUUUUUGAACUUGAUGCUGCCUAUUUGUAUGAUGAAUCAAUAGUCAUCGUUACAAAAUUAUUUUU